AUGGUCCUCGGUCCCACUGCUCGUCUGUGGCUUCCCUAUCUGAACUUUACCGUCGCUGUCUCGGCAUUGGGUUUCCAGACUGCUGUCUUGUACCCCUGGCACGAAGAGCUGGACAAGGAGUUCAAGAUUCUCAAGCAAGAACACAGAGAACAACUACACUUGCAUCAACAAGUCACUCUAAAGAAGCUAGAAGAUCUGGAGCGGAGGACCUUGGUGACUGAGAAGGCCAUGCCGGGUGUAAGUCUAGUCUCUAUUCCAUGGCUUUAG